GGCACUCUUCGGGGUCCCCGCCCCAGAGCGCUGCAGAGCUGGAGUUGAGUCCCCGGGAUCGCAGAGCCGGCUGGCAGGCUCUCUGCAUCCCGGGUCCGCACUCCUCCGACGGCUGCACGGCGAGGUUGCUCCUGGAGCCUGGGACCACCCGCAUGACGCCCCGGGGAGCCCACUGAGCGCCGGAUCGCGGCGCCGAGGGCGACACCAUGGCCCUGGAGCAGGCGCUGCAGGCGGCACGGCGGGGCGACCUGGACGUGCUGAGGUCCCUGCACGCCGCCGGCCUGCUGGGGCCUUCUCUGCGCGACUCGCUAGACGCCCUGCCGGUGCACCAUGCGGCCCGCUCAGGCAAGCUGCACUGUCUGCGCUACUUGGUGGAGGAGGUUGCCCUCCCAGCCGUGUCCCGCGCGCGCAACGGCGCCACACCAGCCCAUGACGCCGCCGCCACAGGCUACCUCUCUUGCCUGCAGUGGCUGCUCACACAGGGUGGCUGCAGGGUGCAGGAAAAAGAUAACUCUGGUGCCACAGUCCUGCAUCUGGCUGCCCGCUUUGGCCACCCGGAUGUGGUGAAGUGGCUGCUGUACCAGGGCGGUGCAAAUUCGGCCAUCACCACAGACACGGGCGCCCUGCCUAUCCACUACGCUGCCGCCAAAGGAGACCUCCCCUCGCUGAAGCUUCUGGUCGGGCAUUACCCUGAGGGAGUGAAUGCCCAAACCAACAACGGUGCCACGCCCCUGUACCUGGCGUGCCAGGAGGGCCACCUGGAAGUGACGAAGUACCUUGUGCAGGAGUGCAGUGCAGAUCCGCACCUGCGCGCCCAAGACGGCAUGACACCCCUACAUGCCGCAGCACAGAUGGGCCACAACCCAGUCUUGGUGUGGCUGGUGAGCUUUGCAGACGUUAGCUUUUCAGAGCAGGACCACGACGGCGCCACGGCCAUGCACUUUGCUGCCAGUCGCGGCCACACCAAAGUGCUCAGCUGGCUCCUGCUGCACGGGGCAGAGAUCUCGCAGGACCUGUGGGGCGGAACCCCGCUGCAUGACGCUGCUGAGAACGGGGAACUGGAGUGCUGCCAGAUCCUCGCGGUGAACGGCGCUGGGCUGGACGUCCGCGACCACGAUGGGUACACCGCUGCCGACCUGGCAGAGUUCAAUGGCCACACCCACUGUUCCCGCUACCUACGUACGGUGCAAACCCUGAGCUUGGAACACCGAGUCUUGUCCCGGGAUCAAUCCAUGGACCUGGAGGCAAAGCAGCUGGACUCGGGUAUGUCCUCGCCCAACACCACCAUGUCGGUCCAGCCAAUGACCUUUGACCUGGGCUCGCCUACUAGCACGUUCUCCAACUAUGACUCCUGCUCCUCCAGUCACUCCAGCAGCAAGGGGCAGCGAUCGAAUCGAGGGAUUCCAGGUGCAAGAGCUGCAGACUUACAGAGCUACAUGGACAUGCUGAACCCAGAGAAGAGCUUGCCUCGGGGCAAGCUAGGGAAGCCUUCCCCGCCACCACCUCCACCACCACCACCACCAAGCUUCCCGCCACCCCCACCACCCACAGGCACCCAGCCGCCCCCACCUCCACCAGGCUACCCAGCUCCCAAUCCCCCUGUGGGACUGCAUCUGAAUAACAUUUACAUGCAGACCAAGAACAAGCUUCGCCAUGUGGAGGUGGACUCGCUCAAGGAGCCCAAGGUGGAGCUGAACGAUCAGUUUGCACAGCCGAGCUCGGGCGACGGCCACUCGGGGCUACACAGGCAGGACUCCGGGCUGCUCAGGCAGGAUUCGGAGCUGCUGCACAGGCAGGAGCUGCUCAGGCACAGCACCGGACUGCGCAGGCAGGACUCCGACCGCAAACAGCGCUCGUUCAGUAAACAGCCCAGCACGGGGGACUACUACCGCCAGCUGGGCCGCAGCCCGGGGGAGCCGCUGGCCGCACGCCCGGGCAUGGCCCACAGCGAGGAGGCGGCGCUGCUCCCCGGGAACCACGUGCACAACGGCUGCUCAGCGGACUCCAAAGCGUCCAGGGAGCUGCCGCCGCCACCGCCGCCGCCGCCGCUGCCCGAGGCCCUGAGUUCGCCGCCGCCCGCCCCACCUCUGCCCAUCGAGGGCGCGGGCGCAGCCUGCGGGCAGCGUCGUUCCUCGUCUUCUACUGGCAAAGUGAGAGUCCUGAGACACAGGAAGAGCACCAAAUCUUUCAACAUGAUGUCCCCAACGGGUGAUAACUCAGAGCUUCUGGCUGAGAUAAAGGCGGGCAAGAGCCUGAAGCCGACACCGCAGAGCAAGGGGCUGACAACCGUGUUCUCAGGCAGUGGGCAGCCAGCCUCCCAGGUAGGCACUGGCCGAGUGCCCCGCCCGGGCUCCCAGUGCCUGCCCAGUGCUCAGCCCUACUGCUUCUCCCGGCAGCCUGAGUCACCGCAGCCUCUGGUGUCACCUGCGCCAUCUCGGACUCGGAGCCCCACCCCGCCAGCCUCUGGGUCUCAGCCACUGCUCAAUGGCAGUGUGGUGCCGGCACCACCUGCCACCCCGGCACCUGGAGUCCAUCUGGAUGUGGAGGCCCUCAUUCCCACUCUUGAUGAGCAGGGCCGGCCCAUCCCGGAGUGGAAGCGCCAGGUGAUGGUCCGCAAGCUGCAGCAGAAGAUGCAGGAGGAAGAGGAGCAGCGGAGGAAGGAGGAAGAGGAGGAGGCCCGGCUCGCCAGCCUGCCUGCCUGGAGACGAGACAUUCUUCGGAAGAAGCUGGAGGAGGAGAGGGAGCAGAAGCGAAAAGAGGAGGAGCGGCAAAAGCUGGAGGAAAUACAGAGGGCGAAAGAACAGUCGGAGAAGCUGCGGACACUAGGCUACGACGAAGCCAAGCUCGCGCCCUGGCAGCGACAGGUCAUCUUGAAGAAGGGGGAGAUCCCUAAGUAAUAGGAGUCUCUCGGCUUCUUGCGUGUAGCCUCACAAGUUCUGAGAGAUGGGGAGCGGCCCCCAGCCCCCGCCCCAUCCUGUCAGGUUGGUGCGGAAGGGCUAGGAUCCUUGCCGCCCUUCCCUUCGGUGCCGGAACCCUCCCAAUUCCCCUCCCUGGCCCCACAUCCCCAACCCUGCUGCUGGAGUGCUCUCGCAAACCCCUGCUGUCGCCUGGAAAAAAGUGCCCAAGCUGCUGACGCAAAAAGAAAAAAAAAAAGAAAGAAAGAUGCUGCUCAUUUGCAUGCUCACUUACAUAUAUUUGCAUGUUCACUGACCCAGCCUGAGCUCUCCCCAGCCUCGUGGGUGGUGACUUUUCCUGCAGGGCGCACGCCCUGCUGCAGCCCCCUCCCCCGCAGCCCGGAACCCACAUUGCCGGCGCAUCCUGGGUGGAGGCAGACCCCGAGCUCGGGGAAGGGGUUUUCCUGCCUUCACGACCCAGAUCUGUGCUGGCCAAAGUCGCUGCGUUUCUCAUCCCCAGCGAGGGUUUCCUCUCAGUCAUUUGUUUACCAGAAAGGAUGAAACUUGCCUGUUGGGGCGGAGCUGUCGCUCCUGAGGGGCCCCACCUUUACAUCCCAUCCCCACCUCACCCCUGCCCCAAUUAAGCCUUCCAAGUCCCCAGCCAGGACCAUAGCUCCCCUGACCCUUUCACUGCCCCAGUGGUGUAAGUGGAGGGCCAGGGACCCUGCAAUUGUACCUGCUCCUCAUCCUAUCCCCCACCCGCUUCCUUCCCCCAUUAAACCUCUAUCCGCCA